AUGAAGAAGGGAAACUACGCCUAUAUGGCGACGCUGCUCUGGCAGUGGCGUAGCGAUCGACCUCGUCAUCUGGUGCUGAGCUUAGAUCGCCCCCCUGCGCAUCUUUCGGCGGAUAGCUGUGUAGAAGAUGUCGAGCACGGCACCGAGGACGCCACCGCGUCCGGGGUGAAGCCGAGCUACACCUUUGGGCGUCUUUUCCUCCGCCCGAUCAACGUCGCUCAGCUGCUCGCGGUGUUGGUCGGCUGGGCGACGGAUCCCGUGCGAAUCGAGCGGCGGCAUACCACCCUCAGCCUCAUCCCGGAUCCUUCCGCCACCUCGAGGCAGGGGUUGCGGUUGUCGUCUUUUCUUCUCCAGGGAACCUUCACGACGAAGUCGUUGCUCGCGAGCGCGACCACGGGAAGCCGCGAGGAGGGUCACCCCGGAUCGGUGUACAACGACGAGGAUAUUCGCGCGAUGGAGCUCCGUCUGGACGGGUCGGAGUUGGUUUUGCUCACCACCUACCUGGAAGGGGUGCUAUCGGAUUGCUUUGGCAUCGAGCACGUCUACCACCGGGCGAAGGCCGCGAGGCAGCGGCAGGGGCCGCCAGCCGCCCGCUACCGCAGCCAACAGCGGCAACGACCGCCCUCGUCGACGCGGGUGAGGGCGCGGGAAAGGGCGAUCGUCGACCCUGCGUUGAGCUCCGCGUUUGAUUUCCCGGGCAAAACCCCUCCGAUCACGACGCCACCACCAGGAGGGAACCCCUUACCCCCUUCCUCUCCCGCCGCCGCGGCGGCGGAAGGGGGGGAGGAGGAGGAGUUGUUUGACUUUGACGACAGCCCCCCGAUCUCGAGCGUGGAGCCGCGUGGAGGGGCCGCCGCGGAGGCGGUGCGGAUGGGGGAGAUCGCGGAGCCGAGCGAGGAAGAGGUGGAGGUUGAGGAUGACGAGGAUGUGGAUGUGGAAUGGCAAGAAGAAGAAGAGGAGGACCUCGAGGUCGACGUCGACUUUGACAACGCGGCGGGGAAACCAACCAAGGGGAAGGGGGAUCUCUCUAAAUCGGUCCACGCCGCCGCCCCGGCCGCGGGUGGGGCGAUGCGAGAAGGGGCUGGAAAAUCGGCCUCGCCGAUCACCUCCGAGGCCGUCGACGCGUUCGAUCCCGUGGAGACUAAUGCGGGGGCGGGGGCAAUCGAAAAGGAUUUGGAGGUGGGGAGGCGCGAUGCGACCAACGCCGCGCACGCGGCCCGGCGGAACGACCCAAGUCCUCCAGGCGGGGCUCUCGGCGGCUCGAAGAAGUCCCCCGCCUCCUCCGCUCCGAUCGACGGUGAAGGAUCCUUUCAGAAAUCCGAAAAGGCGCAUGAAGUUGAUAUUAUAGAUAUGCAGCAUCGGACGCUGAUGUCAGGGGCCGGACCGACGGCGCCCAAGGUCGCGGCUGCUUCCGAAGUCGGAGCUCGUGAGGGGGGGAGGGGUUCGACGCCCGAUCAAACCGUAGACGUGACGGCGGCCGACGCCCUCCGCCGCGGUGCGCUCGCGGCCGCUAGCGACGCCGCCGUCGCGGGAUCGGGUGGGGCUCUCACCGGUGCUGCCCCGCGCGCUUCUCCUGCUGACUCCAAUAACAGGGAAAACGCCGUUGGAAAAGGCAAAAGCCCUUCAAGUAAAAUCCCUGCAGGAGACGUUCAAGCCAGGAGCGAGGGUGCGAAGAAACGGAAAGGUGCUAAGAAAAGCUCACGAGGAAAGGCAAAUAAGAAGGAUAAAGCCGGCAGUAAGAAGCGAAAAUAG